GCAGCUUCAGCAUCACUGGAAUGCAUCACAGCGCCUGGGUCGAGGAGCUGCACUAAACUGCGAGCGCACGUGAAACCAACUGAUUCCGAACUGGGAGCGUGUUUCGGUUGUUUCCCCAACUGCAUAGAUGUGGACGUAAAGGUGGCAGAAGAAGCUUCGUUCCAGGAUCCUAUGUAGACAAGUCAUGGAUUAUUUUAAACCCAACACUUUGUUUCAAAUAGCUUUCAGCGUCUUGAUAGUCAGCAGCUCCUGUCAUGCUUUACUGGACCGGUCCUUGGAGGAGAACUUUCCAGACCAUUCGCUGCCUCCUCACCUGAACCCAGAGGAUGACAGCCACACAGCGACCUCCUGUGAUUUUGAGACCCCCUGCGCCUGGACCCUGUCCAAUCACAGUGUCCGCAGCGACUGGCGGGUCAAGUCACCACGGCAACAGAGACCAAGUUCGCAGGUGGCCUUGAGGCCGGUCUCCGAUCACUCUGAGGACAGCUCUGAUGGCCACUUCCUGCUUCUGAGCCCCUCCUCUGCAGCAGAAGCUUCUGGAAGCUGUGAAUACCACCUGACCAGUCCAGUGAUGCUAGGCAGUGGCCCGCUGUGCUAUCUGCAUCUGGCACGCUAUUGGUCAGGUCCCCGGGUGGGAAACUUGUCUGUCCUGGUUAGGCCUGCCCACUCAGCUUCAAUCAUCGGCUCCUCUGGCCUAAGGUCCAGAGGACAUGAUGGUGGCAGAGAGCAAUGGGAAGAGCUGGAGGCUGAGAUUGGACGAGUGGAGGAGCCGUUCCAGGUGACCCUGCUGUACCACUCCUGUCUGGACAGGGAAGUAGCGAGCAUGGCCCUCGACUCCCUGGAGCUUAGGGACUGUGAAGUGGAUCACCAUGAUCUGGAUCUGGAGUUGGGCUGUAAUGCAAGGUCUUUUCACUGUGAUGAAGGAGGCUGUAUAGACAAAAUGAACGUGUGUGAUUUCCACAGUGACUGCCCUCUAGGGGAGGAUGAGGGCAUUAUUUGUGAUGCUCUUCCAAUUGGUUCCCGCUGUUCGUUUGAGGCGGGGCCCUGUGGGUGGUCAGUGACCAAUGAGCUCUCCUCAUGGAGGACGGUCACCGGGAGGGAGCUCACGUAUAGUGAGGACAUGUUGGGAACAACUCUUCACGCUUCACCAGGGCACUUCCUCUUAUUUCAGGUCAGAGAGAAUAGUUCCCAGCUGGAGGCCUUCAUCCAGAGCUCAUCCUUCCCCCAUCCUGUGUCCAGCACCGAUUGCCAGCUCCAUUUCUCCCUGUACCUCUACGGGGACUUUAAUGGCACGGUACAAGUGGCCAUCAUCGAUAAUGACACUGCCACCUCGCCUCUUUUGUGGGAGAGAUCCGGGCGCUGGAAUGACAAAUGGCAGGAUAUCACCCUGCAGCUGCCUGGACUUCACCAUGGGUUCUACAUCAAGAUGGGUGCCACGUGGGAGCCUGGCUCUCAGGCAGACGUUGCUCUGGAUGACGUCACCUUGGGGGCGGCGUGCUUCAACACAGAUCUCAAUUCCCUGCUGCUUGGACACAAGUUCUUCCAUGACUUUGACCUCAUGGGUGAUCUGGACUUUUUCAGCCCUCUUCCGGAACCUUCUGCCUCGGAGAUGUCUCUGAUGACGUGGCUUUUUACAUCAUGUGGGGCCAGUGGCCCCCGGGGGCCGACGCAGGCCCAGUGUGAUAGCGCCUACAGGAAGACCAACGUGUCCGUCACACUGGGGAAGGAUGGCCCCUUGAGAGGGGUGCAGAUGUGGAGGGUUCCCGCCACCAACAGAUACAUGAUCUCGGCCUACGGGGCAGCAGGAGGCAAAGGAGCCAAGAACCACAACAAGCGCUCCCACGGAGUCUUCAUCUCCGCCAUCUUCCCUCUGGAGAGGGGGGAGAUGCUUUACAUCCUGGUGGGGCACCAGGGGGAAGACGCCUGCCCAGGGAGGAACCCCCUGACCCAGAAGAUCUGUCUUGAGGAGUCUUCUGUGAUUGAGGAGGGCCACACUGGAGACGGCUCAGGCUGGGCGGGGGGAGGAGGGGGAGGUGGGGGAGCCACCUACAUCUACAAGAUGGAGGGUGCGGUGCUGGUGCCCCUGUUGAUUGCGGCGGGGGGCGGAGGCAAGGCCUACAUGGAGGACCCUGACAGCAGUCUAGACCAAAUCCCCCUGGAGCAGUACGAGAACGACACCAGCGCUAGCAGCACCAACGGAAUCACCGGGGCGGCAGGGGGAGGUGGAGGCUUAAAGGACACAUCCAGCUACGUGUGGGCUGGAAAGUCUCUCAUGGAGGGGGCUGAGGGGGGCUCACCAUGCUCCCAGGCCCUGGCUAAGCUGGAGUGGGCCACCUUUGGGGGUUUUGGCGGUGGAGGGGGCCCCUGCACAGCCGGUGGAGGAGGAGGAGGGUACAGAGGUGGAGACGCAGCGCUGACAGAUGACAUCACAUCAGAUGGUCAGGAUGGAAUCUCUUUUGUUCAUCCCAUGGGGGAGAUCUUCCUGCAGCCUUUAGCAGCCAUGGAGAGCCACGGAGAGUGUGAGAUCAAGGUACAGCUCAACUGCAGCCACUGUCAAACUCAGAGCUGCAAGCGGGACGAUGACACCAGACUAAUCCUCUGUCUCUGCCACAAUGAGGAGGUCCUAGCCAGCGACAAUGUGACCUGCACAGCAUCCCAGGGCCCCGCCCCUGACGGCCAGCUAUCGCUUUCGCUGAUCCUUGCAGUGGUGGCGUCAACCGUGGUGACGGGCAUCGUGCUGACCUGCGCCAGCCUCACCCUCAUCUACUAUCGGAAGAAGAACCAGCUCCACGCGGUACGUAUGCGUCUGCAGAGUCCGGAGUACAAGCUCAGUAAAAUCCGCUCCUCCACCAUCAUGACGGACUACAACCCCAACUACUGCUUCGCUGGCAAGGCUGCGUCGUUCUCCGAGCUCAAGGAGGUCCCUCGCAAGAACAUCACCCUCCUUAGAGCUCUGGGUCAUGGUGCAUUUGGGGAGGUGUAUGAGGGCCAGGUGCUGGGCAUGACAGGAGAGAACACAGCCAUGCAGGUGGCCAUCAAGACCCUUCCGGAGAUCUGCUCAGAGCAGGAUGAAAUGGACUUCCUGAUGGAGGCGUUGAUCAUGAGUAAGUUCAGCCACCUGAAUAUUGUGCGUUGCAUUGGAGUGAGUCUUCAGAUCCUGCCCCGGUUCAUCCUGCUGGAGCUGAUGACUGGAGGAGACAUGAAGAGUUUCCUCAGGCAGAACAGACCCAGAGCUGGUCAGUCCUCGUCUCUCACCAUGUUGGAGCUUCUCCACAUGGCCAGAGACAUCGCCUUUGGCUGCCGCUACCUGGAGGAGAACCACUUCAUACACAGAGACAUAGCUGCCAGAAACUGUCUGCUGACCUGUCCAGGCCCUGACAGAGUGGCCAAGAUAGGGGACUUUGGAAUGGCUCGUGACAUAUACAGGGCCAGUUAUUACAGAAAGGGUGGACGUGCCAUGCUGCCCGUCAAGUGGAUGCCUCCUGAAGCCUUCAUGGAGGGCAUCUUCACCUGCAAGACUGACACAUGGUCAUUUGGAGUACUGCUGUGGGAGAUCUUCUCCCUGGGCUACAUGCCCUAUCCCUGUAAGACCAACCAGGAGGUGCUGGAGUUCGUCACCAGUGGGGGCCGAAUGGACCCGCCUAAGAGCUGCCCUGGCCCUGUGUACCGGAUCAUGACCCAGUGCUGGCAGCACUGCCCCGAACACCGACCCAACUUCUCCACCAUCCUGGAGAGAGUCAACUACUGCACUCAGGACCCAGAUGUGACAACCACGCCCCUGCCAGUAGAGUAUGCCCCCACGGUGGAGGAGGAUGGGAGCGCAGCACUCCGUCCUGAGACCUCCGGCAGCCUCACUCCUCUUCUAGUCUCUCAUUCCUCCUCACAGGAUCCCUCCAAUCAGCUGGGCGGCCUGGGCCUUGGCACUGCCCCGAUGCCCCUCCCCCAGCCCCACAAGCCCCGCCUUCUCCUCCAGCGGCCACAGCAGCUUCCACAGGAAGUGACAUCAUACCGUGAGGCCUUGGAGCCUUCUUGGGCAGAGCCUGUGCCAGCUAUAGGGGCGUGUCAGGGGGCGUGGCUCCACCACCGCCCUUGCUCCAGAAGCUCCUCCUCCUCUGGAAGCCAGAGGCUGAAGAACAAGACCAAGAACCUGUGGAACCCUACUUACGGGUCCUGGGUUCUGGAGAGCUUUGGCAGGGGAAAGAAGGCUCUGGCCCACACCCAGUCCAUGCCCCUGUCCACCUCGUCCUCCACGUCCACCCCCCAGUCUGCCACUCCCAACACUGCUUUAGAGUGCCCUGAGCCUGGGUGGGAUGGAUCCAGCAGCGUUGAUGUCUCAAACCCCAGCCCCUCUCCCUCUUGCCAGGCUCUGUCUGCCUCCCAGGCACCUACCAACCUGGCCUCACGGAAAUGCCCUACAGGUGGUGCUACUGCAGGCACAGUGGUUGGCAUGGACCUGGCCAAGCUCCAGAGCUUCCCCUGUGGGAACGUCAACUAUGCGUACGACGAGCAGAGCUACGAGGCUGAAAGCCUGCCCCUAGUGGUGCCCAAAGCCCCAGAGCCCAGCUCCAGCUCCUGUACCAGCACCAUUACAGGCUCCGCCCCCAGCUGCUCCUCAGGGUCUGGGCCUGGGUCAGGCUCAGGCCUGGGGUUGUCUCUGGGUCUGGGCACAACUUUGUCCUGUAUGCCCAAGCUUCUCCUGAAGCGCCACGCCAGCUACGGACACGAGGACGUGAGAAGGCACACGAAAGCUGAGAAGCCCACCAGGGACAGAGACUCUGGCUUCUCUCUUUCUGAGGACCUCAGUGUCACUCCCGUUUAGAGCACCGGAACAUCCCACCUCAGGGGGUAGUAGAACGCUGGAACAGAUUCAUUCUAGAAUAUCUGAUUACUGGGGAGUUCUAGAACACAGCCAUCACUAUGGUAGCAGAACACUGAAACACAUCCCUUACUGGCGUACUAGAACACUGGAGUAGACCUAAGACUGGUAGCAGAACACUGGAACAUGCUGGAAUUGGUAGGUCAGGAUCCAUGGUUCUGCCUCUACCUAACACUGGGGUUUUAGAACAUGGAAACAUGCUGUAGGUAACACUGGGGUUGUAGAAUGAACCCAAUACUGUGGUAGCAGAAUACUGGAACACACCCUAACACUCCACGCACACACAGUUAAAACCUACAGAAGAUGGCAGAAAUAGGAACCAAGUGAUUUUGGCCCUAUUUUUGUCAAAUACAUUUUCAUGUAGCUGUGAUGCUCCUGGUUAAAAUAUGAAUUUUGCAGUCAUUUUUGUAGAUCUGUUUCUCUUUUCUUAGUUGGUGUGUAUUAUUCAUUGAGUACUAACUUUAGGUAUUUUUUAUUCAAAUAUAAUCAUAAUAAUUUACAUUAGUCGUUUAGUUAAGUAAAUUCCUAGGUAAACCUGAUCGAAUUCAAUUUGAAAUUAGAUUAGAAUGGAUUUUAAACUAAACAGAUACCCUAGUUAUGUGUGUGUAAAUUGGACUAACUCAUGACAGUUGUAGUGGUUUUUACUUCAUUUCGAGAAUAGCUAUGUAUGGAUGUUUUAAUGACGAUGUCUUAUAGUUGAUCACUGCCAUUGGCUACCGUCUGUCACUCUGCUGCAGGCUGUGCAGUACUUCCUUAUACUCAGCAGGGGGCAGCAUUUAAAUCUGAUGCAGUUUACUGUGGAUUGCUUCAGGUGUAGACGUGCCGUUUUCUUUUCUUUUUUUUUUGUUUCUUAGUAUUUAUGUCCAUCCUGAACAUUAUUUUUUUGUUUAAGUUGUACUGUUUGUGUUGAUAGUCAAUUUUAAGAGGACUUAAUGUAAUAGAAAAAUGAGAUGAGGAUCGAGAAGAUGAUGAUGGUGAUUGGUAACGGUGAUGAUGAUGGUGUAAAUUACAGUGAUUAUGAUGAUGAUUUGGAGGCAUGCAAAUGUCCACUGUUUAGGACUCAACUUGACGGGCAAGUUGCCUGGGGGAUACUUACGGUCAAACAAUGUGACCGACUAAUCCUGACAUACUGGUUUACCUGCUCUGAUACGGUCUGAUCACAGCCGUACUGGUUCACCUGCUCUGACACGGUCUGAUCACAGCCGUAGGUCUUGGUUGGAGGCUCUUUGUGACGCACGCUGGAUUCACACUUUCCUACCAUUAAGAUACAACCUCCUACCUUUAUUUGACUUAAUUGAAUUACACCUCAUGUUACUGACUCACUAGUUGAAAGUGGUGUGCCUACAUUAGAACAAAUGUUAUGAUAUAAACUAUGCAAUAUAUUUGUUAUGUACCUCACCUCUACCCCAAAUAAAUAAAUAUAUACAGUAGAUCACCUGUG